GAAGGCAGGAUUGACUGUGGAGAGAUUUUAGCAGACACACUCCUUCACUUAGACGUCCGAGACUGCACACAUUUGCUACUUGUCAGACCCCCUCCUUUCCUCUCACAAUGACCCUCCGCUCCAGCUGCUUCCACCCCCUCCUCUUUUUCUUCCUCCUGUCCUUUUCCUCUCUCACGGACGCCGAGCCAAGACGCCCCACUUCCGGUCAUCAACGUAGGGCCCCACGUGCACCCGCCGCCAAGGUGCGUCUGGCAGGGAACUUCGCCCGGGAGCCUCACGAGGGACGCGUAGAGGUGCUGCACAACAACACGUGGGGGACGGUGUGUGACGACGAGGUGGACAUCAACCUUGCCAACGUGGUGUGUCGAGAGAUAGGCUUCCUGGGGGGCAUCACGUGGGCGCACAGCGCCAAGUAUGGCGAAGGACAAGGCCCCAUAUGGAUGGACAAUGUUCGCUGUGAUGGUUCCGAGAAGUCCUUGAAGGACUGCAAGCACAGCGGUUGGGGGGUGAAUGACUGCAAACACUCGGAAGACUUGGGGGUGGUGUGCACCGCCGAGCGCAGGCAGGAGCAGACAAGCGGUAGAGACCAAAGCAACGCUAUCAGGACCAAUGGAAGUCCUGCCGCCCAUUUGCAAAACCUUGUGACCACCCGCAGACACAUCGGAUAUGGUUACUACGGUAACGGACACGCAUAUGAGGUCCCUAUCAUUCAGAGGCAAUACCUUAACCAGGGUCACAGUAAGGUGCGAAUCGAGGAGGUGCGCCUGAGGCCCGUUCUCAUGGCGACCAAGAAGAAGAGCUUGGUCACAGAAGGUGUGGUGGAAGUGAAGCACGCUGGGAGAUGGAGGCAGGUCUGCGAUAUGGGCUGGAGCCUCAACAGCAGCAGAGUCUUGUGCGGGAUGCUCGGUUUUCCGGAGGCCGCUCAACCUAACAUGAAAAUGUACAAGAAAAUAUGGGACACCAAAGUUGCAGAUCCUUCAACAAGAUUGAGCGUCAUGGCCAAAAAGAAAGGCUUCUGGAUGGAGAAAGUCAACUGUCUGGGGAGUGAGAACACGUUGUCUGAGUGUCACGCUCAGCUGUCAUUCCCACGUAGCCCUUCCCCGUGUAAGAACGGCCGACACGCCGUCGUUAAAUGCAUGCCGGGUCCUCAGUUUUCCAGAAUCUCUUCCGGGAGACCCCAAGCCCCUUACCCAGUUGUGCCGGUGCGUUUGAAGGCCGGACCCAGGCUGGGUGAGGGACGUGUGGAGGUGCUCCGAGAUGGAAAAUGGGGUACGAUCGUGGAUCACAUGUGGGAGAGGACUGCCGCCAGCGUGGUGUGCAGAGAACUGGGAUUCGGUACCGCCAAGGAUGCACUGCAUGGCGCCUUUAUGGGUCAAGGUACUGGACCCAUCCACAUGAACAGUGUACAGUGCCUUGGCACUGAGAGCUCCAUCCUGGACUGCUACUUCCAGGAAGUUCAACCAUGGACGUUCAAACACAGCCAGGAUGCCUCAGUGCGCUGUAACGUCCCCAAAACAGGCACAGAGCACAUGGUGCGGCUGGCUGGUGGGAGGGUUCCAUCAGAGGGCCGAGUGGAGGUGCUGAUGGAUGUGGGUGGUCGUAAACGUUGGGGUUCUGUCUGCAGUGAGAAUUGGGGCAUCAACGAGGCCAUGGUGGUGUGCCGACAGUUGGGUCUGGGCUUUGCUGCGAGUGCACAUGAGGAUACUUGGUAUUGGUCCAGUGACCCCAAUGCAGCCGAGCUGAUUCUCAGUGGAACUCACUGUGUGGGAACCGAGCUCUCAAUUCAGCAGUGUCGUCGAAACAACCACAUGCAUUGUCCUCGAGGGGGCGGAGCUAAGGCUGCUGGGGUUACCUGCUCAGAAACCGCCCCUGACCUCGUUCUGGACGCCCAAUUGGUCCAGGAGACGGCCUACCUGGAAGACCGACCCCUCCACCUGCUCAGCUGUGCCAAUGAGGAGAACUGUCUGUCCUCCUCCGCUGCCAGGAUGAACUGGCCGUACGGCCACAGGCGACUCCUCCGCUUCUCCUCACGCAUCAUGAACCUCGGCCGCUCUGAUUUCCGACCCAAAGCGACGAGGGAGAGCUGGACAUGGCACCAGUGUCACAGGCAUUACCACAGCAUCGAGGUGUUCACUCAUUACGACCUGCUGACUCUCAAUGGCACCAGGGUCGCCGAAGGACAUAAGGCCAGUUUCUGUCUGGAGGACACACAUUGCCCUGAUGGUGUCCAAAAGCGCUUUUCUUGUUAUAACAUGGGUGACCAGGGUAUCUCUGUGGGCUGCUGGGAUACCUACCGCCACGAUAUCGACUGUCAGUGGGUGGAUGUGACGGACGUUCGGCCUGGAGAUUACAUCUUUCAGGUGGAAGUCAACCCGUCUAUGGAUAUGGCCGAAUCGGACUUUAUGAACAACGUCAUGCGAUGUCGUUGCAAAUACGACGGCAACAGAGCUUUCAUGUACGGAUGUCACGCAGGAGAUGCAUACAGCGCAGAGACAGAAGACCUGUUCGAGCACCAGAGGCAAAUAUCCAACAACUUUGUGUAGAAGAAGACAUAAAACUCAACACCAAGUGCCUUGCAUGGGGGGCUCAGAUGCUGCUCAAAGUGGGCAGAGGGUGAUGUCCACUAUGCUAUGCUGCCUGUCCAUCUUCUUGGCAGCUGAUACAGUCACAUCAGUCACAUGACUAGAUCGGCCAAUGACAACAAGAGUGGGCCAUGCAGCUUUUGGCUUUAAUUACUCUAGUUAUAUUGAUUCUAUUUUUAUUUUUAUUUUUUUGUGAAUGUGGACUACUAAUAACUUUUUUCCAAACUUAUACACGCAAAAGACUAAAGAUACAACACUAAUAUAUUUAUAUAAAAUUGAUUUAAAUAGUGAUUUUGGUUGCAGAUCAGUCUGGAGGAAGAUAGAUUAACAAUGGAAGAGUGCUUUUUAAUAUAAGUAUAACAAGUUAUUAUAGUUCAUAUUCUUGGCUGCCACAUUAUAUUUUGUUUGUCAACUUAACAAGGUAGGAAAACUUAAAAAGCUAUUUUAUGGAACAAAGCACUUUAACUUUUUACAUCAGUAUUCUUCUAUAUUUCUGUCCCAUAUUGUUUUUUUUAAUUUUUUUUUUAAUUAAGCUUUGACUUAAUAUAGGAAUAUAGGCUCUAUAGGCUACAGCUUUUUUCAGACAGUGAAAUAUUAACAUGGUGCUUUAGUAUGCAGUGUACUAUUUAUACUGAUAUUUUAUUUAUUAAUAGAAAUAUGCAUCAUAUUCAGUUGAACUUGAACACUUCACAGCUAUGGGACAUUUUUACAAGAUACAGAUGAAUAAUCUUAUUUUAAAUUUGGUUAUUGAAACAACUGUAUCAUUUAUUUUUCCUCAGCUUUUUUGGGUGGGAGGGAACACCAGUGUGACAGAACCACAGUUUUGCGGUCAGAAUGCCAGCAGGCUUGAGAGCAUAUAAAAAAAAAAGCCUUUUAAUUAUGUCUGUUUGGGUUAGUUUCAAGGUUACGGUUAAGACUAUAUGAUGGGCUUUUAUGCACAGUAUAGAAUGGCUGCCUGCUGAUUUAUGGGAAGAAAUUACAUUUUCCGGGACAAGAGAGGUGUGGUCAAGGUGUGAGUGAGAGAAGGGGAAAGGAUCAAGAUCCAUGAAAGGCAAAUAUACGUUUGUUUACCUUAAAGCUCCCAAAAAUAGAACAUUUUGGGCUGCGGAACAAACACUGACACGAUAAAUCCUUGCAUUCUGUCUCGUUUUUUGUUAAACAUGUAACUGUUAUUUGAGUAUUAGGCCCAAACUGACAAGAGAAGAAUGCAUUUUAUGGGGGUUUAAAUUAAUCAGAAUAUUAUGACAAAAAAAAUAUUUUAUGAAUAAUUUUAUGAAGUUACAAUAUUAAAACAUAUAUAUAUAUAUACGGUACAAUUUUGUAAUGAAAAAUAAAUCUAAUAUUACAACAAUAAAAAAUCAAAUAAAUAAAAAAUAUACAAUAAAAAUAAAUAAAGCCUCAAAUUACAAA